AGAAUUUAGAAAGAUGUUCACAGUAGUUUCCAGUCAACGCAUUUUGCUGAGCACAGUGGGGCCCAGAGUUCUCCCAGUGCUGCCGAGGCUGAACAAAAGAAGCACGUGCAGUUCUGACUGGGCCAGGCAGCACCUUCGACAUUUGAGUGUGACAGUUGGAGACCGGGCAGAGCUCACGAAGGCUUUUACCCAGAAGGACGUUGUUACGUUUUCAGAAUUAACAGGGGACGUCAACCCCUUGCACUUGAACGAAGACUUUGCAAAGCAGACAAAGUUUGAAAGGACCAUUGUUCAUGGAGUUUUGAUCAAUGGGCUGAUUUCUGCGCUUCUGGGUACCAAAAUGCCUGGUCCAGGCUGUGUGUUUAUUUCUCAGGAGAUUAACUUCCCAGCCCCUUUGUAUGUUGGAGAGACUGUGUUAGCGACUGCUGAAGUGAAAAGGCUGAAGAUGUGUGUUGCUUUUAUUGAAGUAUCAUGUUGUGUAAUAGAGAAAAGAAAAACUGUGAUGGAGGGCCUAGUUAAAGUUAUGGUCCCAGAUGCCCCUGGUUCUUGAACCAUGUGUUAAAGCUACAGAAUCAGAAACGUAUUCAUGUGAAAAUUAAAGUACAACUGGAGAGGUGGUGCAGUGGAUAGAGCACUGGCCCUGAAGUCAGGAGGACCUGACUUCAAAUCCAGCUUCAGACCCAUGAU